AUGGAAGACCGCGGCCCUCAAGUCGUCGUCAUAUUCACUACUUUCCUAGCCCUCACCUGGAUCAGCGUCAGCCUCCGAUGCUAUGUCCGCCUACGCAUUGUCCGAUUAUUCGCCCUGGAUGACUGGCUUGCUGUCGCGACUCUGGUCCUCUAUACCUUGUUUUGCGGAUUCGGGCUGGAUAGCGUAGGGCAUGGUGGUGGGCGGCACCAUGCCGAUUUAUCGAGAGACCAGAUCCGGGAAGGACUGAAGGACUGGUACUUCAGCGAGAUAUUCUACGUACUGAACUCGUCCUUCCUCCGCCUCGCACUCGCUGCAUUCCUCCUUCGCGUUGCCGUCAAAAAAGUGCAUCGCAAGUUUAUAUAUACCCUCAUGACCAUCCAGAUCGUCUUCAACGUCUCCUAUCUGUUCAUCUCCAUUUUCACGUGUUUUCCGCCGUCGUUUUUCUGGAACCAUUUAAUGGGCGCGAAGGGGACGUGUAUAGACGCCGGGAUCAACAAGGGCAUGACGUACGCGCAAGCCAGCAUAGCCGCGGCUACGGACUGGGCAUUCGCGCUGCUCCCGGUGGCGAUGCUGUGGGAUCUGCAGAUGCGGCGGAAGAAGAAGAUAGCCGUGGGGGUGUUGAUGGGCAUUGGCGCCAUAGCGAGCACCGCCGCCAUCAUCCGCAUCCCAUACAUCGCCUCCGUCGACCAACCCCUCGACUUCCUCUACGCCACCACCGACCUCGCCAUCUGGAGCGCCGUCGAGCCCGGCCUCGGGCUCUCCGCCGUCUGCCUCGCCGCGUGCCGCCCCCUCCUCGACCGCUUUAAAGGCUUCGGCGGGGAUGGGUACCCAACAAGGAGGGGCCGGGGGCGGUCGGAUGGACGGGAGGAGGAGUGGGGGAGGUCUGAUUUUUGGAUGCAGGAUGGGGAGGAGCGGGGGGAAUGGACGGGGUCAGCGGUGGCGAUGGUGAGGAGGGCGGAGGUGCAAGGGGUUAAGAAAUGA